UUCUUCCACAGCAGAAAUGUCCACUAGUUUCACCAUCUUCUUCCUUAUACUAACCAUGACUACCUCAUCGGCCAUGUCCCUUCAGCUCGAUGGAUUCGAGACGAUUCAAAUGGCCCAAACUCAAAUUCUGCAAAUUCGAAAAUGGGUUCAGUCAAUGGGUGAUGAAUUGAGCCGGCCGUUGAAUCAUGCUGGUAUGGCUUUCAGCGACUGUGUUAAGCUUUAUAGUGAAAGUGAAUUUCGACUCUCACAAUUGCUUCUCAAUGAGAAUGAGACCCAUGAUGAUACUCGCAUGUGGCUCAGUGGUGUGUUAACUAAUCAUAGAACCUGCUUGAAUGGCUUGAACGAGAAAGGAUUUGAUGAGAUUCAACUAGUGACUCACAAUUUGACAUUUUGGCUCAAUAAAGCCUUAGCUUUGCAAACGCAAGGAAGUAGCAUAAGGAAAGGAGUACCACGAAGACCACAAGACAAUCAGGUAGGGGGAACUCUAACAUCAUGGUCUCCUACAACGUCGAAGGCAGACUUCGUAGUAGCAAAUGAUGGUUCUGGUACUCACAGAAAAAUUAACGAUGUUAUAGCUGCACUUAAAAAAUUCGGUAGCAAGAGAACCCGACGAGUAAUAAUCUACGUGAAAGCAGGAGUUUAUAAUGAGAAGAUAGAAAUUGAUCAUUCAGUUAAAAAUGUGAUGCUUGUGGGCGAUGGCAUCGAUAGAACCAUCAUAACGGGUAAUCGAAAUGUUGCAGAUGGCGAUACCACCUUUGGCUCAGCUACCGUUGGGGUGUCAGGGGAUGGAUUUUGGGCUAGAGACAUCACAUUUGAGAACACAGCUGGUCCCUAUAAAGCCCAGGCGGUAGCAUUAAGGGCGAGUUCAGAUUUUUCAGUCUUCUACCGAUGCAGCUUUAAAGGUUAUCAAGACACUCUCUAUGUGCUUACCAUGAGGCAAUUUUAUCGUGAUUGUCGCAUAUAUGGCACCAUUGAUUUUAUAUUCGGCAAUGCUGCAGUAGUAUUUCAAAACUGCGACAUCUUUAUAAGGAGACCAAAUCAUGGCCAAGGCAACUUUAUAACUGCACAAUCAAGAGAUGGCCCUCACGAAAAUACAGGAAUUUCUGUACAUAAAUCAAGAAUUAGGCCAACUCCAGAAUUUGCUGCAGUUGAAAAUUCAUUUAGAACUUAUCUAGGCAGGCCGUGGAGGGAGUAUUCAAGAACCGUGUUUAUGGAGACAGACAUUGAUGGUCUAGUUGAUCCAAAGGGUUGGGGAGAAUGGCAUGGUAAUUUUGCACUUUCAACUCUGUUUUAUGCAGAAUAUAAGAAUACAGGCAUGGGCUCUUCCACUGCAAGGAGAGUGAAUUGGCCUGGUUUUCAUGUGUUUAAUAGUCCACAAGAAGCUGGUCCUUUUUGUGUGGGUAAGCUCAUACAAGGAGAGUCGUGGAUCCCAGUUACUGGUGUGCCAUUUCAGCUUGGCGUUUGAGGGGCAUAGAACAGUAUUUGGUACAACAAUAUAAAAUGGGCUUGUAAGGUUUGUCUAGGUGCUGGACUCGUGUACCGACGUUAAAAGUUUAUAAUGCAUCUUUGCUAUCUCAUAAGCAUCGGUUUAUACCUACUAGAUCUAGAUAGUACCUCCUCCUUUUUGUUAUUUUAUUAAUGUUUUACUAAUUCCAAAAUAAAGCAUUAGA